UAACGUAACAUGACAUGACCAACCAAUUUUUUAAUUUUAAUCAAUCCACUAGAUUUAAUUAUUCGAUAAAGACGUGGCUAUCUAUUUCACAAACUGACAAAACAUUUCAAGCUUUCUAAAAUCUGAAAAAUUCAUUCAUACAUCACAUUACAACUUGUUCUCUUUCUCAUAAAUUCAUAAUAAUUAUUUUUGACAAUAAAUCCACAAAACGUAAACGGCAUAAUUUCAUCUCUUUCCGCCGUCCGCGUAUAAUAGCAAUUUCAACCGAUUCUUCCGGUAACAAGUCACCACAUUUCACCGCGUUCCAUUACCUUCCUUAAAAAUCCCCACUCACCAUAACCAACUCACACUCCGAUUCAUGGACUCGUUCUUCUCCAUUUCUUCAUAAAUUAAAUCAUGAUUUCCCAUUUUACCCCUCACUUUUUCCCAAUUUCCUCCACCACCACAAAACCUCUCAUCGGUGCAAAUCACACCUCCGCUAGAUUCUGCUCUCGCUAAAUUCAUUCACAACAACAAACUUUUUCUUUCCUUUUUUCAUUUUUUUAAUUCAAUUUUUAACAAUUUUUCUGAUUAUUAUUAUUUUUUCUGUAAAAAGAAAAAAAGAAAGAAGGUGCAGAAUCUGUUUCUAUGGAACCUACCGUAGCGAAGCCUGGCUUUCUACGGAAUGUUCUGGUACGUUUACUUCUCUUCGGCGUUUUCAUCGUCAUUAUUCGUUUUGCUUACAUCAUCACUAUCGCCGGCGAAACCUGCAACGUCGGAGAUUUCUGUUUCUUCUCUUCACCGGAGAAAAUUAAUGUAGCCGUUACCGGAUCUGGUUCCGGUGGCGUCGCCGGUGCCGGUGCACUCGCUGUCCGAUCCUCAUCCGAACUAGCUUUACCGGUGCAUCAUGCAAGCAAAGAUUGGAUCAAUGGAGUUCGAUUUUACUCUUCCGUUUUCCAGAAUUUGAUUGUCGCCGGUUAUCUUUCACCGGAGGCGAAGUCUUUGUGUGUUGAUACGGUUACCGGAAGGGAUGUGUUUGCGUUGAAGGAGAUCGGUGUUGUUGAUUCGGUUGGAAUCUCGAAGAAGGCGUUGAAGCCGUUGGUGAAAUCCGGUGAAGGUCAUAGGAUUCCGUUUGGUAAUAACACGUUUGAUUUUGUGUUUUCCGGUGAAGGUGGAUUGGAGAGAACGGUGAAACCGGUUGAAUUUGCGAGGGAGAUCGCGAGGACGCUGAAACCCGAAGGGUUUGCAGUGUUUCAUGUAAAGACUAAAGAUUCUUACAGUUACAAUUCAUUUGUUGAUUUGUUUAAAUUUUGUUGCAAAGUAGUUAAAUUCAAUGAUAUUCAAGGUUUCGAUGAUUCGAUGCCUGAGAUAAGAGAAAUCGUAGUGAAGAAAAUCGGUUAUAGAAAUAUUGAUUCUGAUAUUGAAUUGAUUGAGAAUAAGAAGUGUUCUGUUGCAGGGUAUAAGAGAGAAUUGGUUAAGAAUGCUGAGGAAUUGAUUGAAGAGGAACCAUUGAAACCAUGGAUAACCCUAAAGAAGAAUGUGAAGAAUAUAAAGUAUGCAUCUUCAAUGGUUGAUAUAAGCUUUAAGAGUAGAUAUGUGUAUGUUGAUGUUGGAGCUAGAAGCUAUGGUUCAAGCAUUGGAAGCUGGUUUAAGAAACAGUAUCCAAAACAGAAUAAAACUUUUCAUGUUUAUGCAAUUGAAGCUGAUAAAGCUUUUCAUGAAGAGUAUGUGAUGAAAAAAGGGGUGACUUUGUUACCUUAUGCUGCAUGGGUUAAGAAUGAGAGUUUGGUUUUCGAAAUUAACAACGACCCGGGUGAUAAAAAGACAGAGAAAGUAGGGCGAGGAAUGGGAAGGAUUCAACCGUUGGAUUCUCAGGGUGGUGGUGGCGGCGGUGUUCAUAAGAUACAAGGGUUUGAUUUCGCUGAAUGGUUGAAGAGCACGGUUACAAUGAACGAUUUUGUUGUGAUGAAAAUGGAUGUUGAAGGUACUGAAUUUGAUUUGAUUCCUAGGUUGUUUGAAACCGGUGCGAUUUGUUUGGUUGAUGAAAUUUUUCUUGAGUGUCAUUAUAAUAGAUGGCAGAGAUGUUGUCCCGGACAAAGAAGUCCUAAGUAUGAGAAAACAUAUGAUCAAUGUUUGCAGCUUUUCAAUUCUCUUAGACAAAGUGGUGUUCUUGUUCAUCAAUGGUUUUAGUGAUAGAGUUAUCUCAUAGGUGAAAUACUGAAAAUCAUUUACAUUUUUAUUAUGUAGCAUUCUUAUUUUACAUUUACAAUCCAAUAGAGAAGUUUCCUCGUUUUUUAAUGAAUUUGUUUACUUGUAAUAAUUGCAAAUGAAAAUCACCCCUUUACAAUAAUUGGAUUUGUUACACAUGUUUCUUCAUUUAUUUGUGUAGAAUAGAUACGUACUAGAUGUAACUAUAGAUUUAUUAGCUAUGGUUGUUAUAGUUUCUGAGAAGAAUUUGAGUGUUUGUUUCUUCAUAGUGUUGUUGAAUUGGUUCUGGGGUUAAUAAUGAAUUAUUGAUGAAAUCACUAGGAAUCUUUAGUCAAAUUGUAGCCACAAUGUAUAGGAUUUUAUAAUCUCUGCAUUUUGAUGUCUCUGCAACUGUGCAGUUUUCACAGUAGGUUGUAUUAAGUAUUAACCACAUUUAUACAUGUAUGUUUGAAUUGGCUCUGAGUUCGGAAAAAUCAUAUUGGCACCGUGAUUUUGUGAAUCUUUAAGUGUAAUUUUGCCUGAAUCACGAUUGCGCACUGUGAUAUUGCAUUUUCACCGUCAAUACAAACAUGCACUUAGUUGUAUGCAAUAAACAAGUGCAAGGUAGCAAAAAUGUGAUAAAUUUUUGUAACUGUGGUUGCAGCUACAAUUUAAAACUUGAUUUAGGGAUAUGUAUUCCAUUUUUAGAACAUUAGCUGUGAAUAGAUUGGGAGCUAUUUUUAGGAGUUACAGUUACAGCUAAUGCUCUAAAAAUAGCUUACUGGAUAAUUUUCAGACUUAAAUAGUCCUAACUAGCUAAUGCUCUAAAAAUAGCUUACUGGAUAAUUUUCAGACUUAAAUAGUCCUAACUCCUAAAACUGGAUGUGGUUUGUUAGUUAUAACUUAGCUGUUUGGUGGGUUUGGAAACUCUGUUUGGUAAUCAUUAAGAGAAAGCAAAAUUUCAUUAAUUAGGCAGCCAUGUGAUGUGAGUAGAGUAAGUACAACUGUUUUAAGGGAGAUGUAUUCCAUUUCCAGCUAUAUGGUGGCUGUUGAAACGUGAUUUUCUUCUCUUCUUUUUUUGACUAAAAAAUGUGAUUUUCUUAAUUUGAGUUUCUAUGCAUUUAUUGAAUAGCUAAUAAUAAUGAGCAAAUGAAGAAGUGCCUAAGCACAUGCAAAACACUACAAUUUGAUAUUAACACUUAUUUUUAAGCUGUCACUUAUUAUGGCCAAAAAUGACUUUUUUUUUGUUUGUUUAUUGAUAAAUAUAUGAAAAGACAAUUAUGUACCUCAACGGAUCAUAAAGCAUCUAGUGUCACUAUCAUCUUGUAUUCAACAAAUUUGCAAUUGGAAUAAAAUUAGUUAUUUUCAGUUAUAAGCCUUUUUAUUGUCUGUCAAAUUGUACAGUACAUUUUUAUGCCUAGAGUUCUCUUUACUGUUGCUUCCAGUAAAUAUUUAUUUACCAAUCUUAUUGAAAUUUUAAGAUUGCUACCUGAUAUGGGGAUUAAUUGCUAGGACCAACCCACCAAUUCAUUGCUUGAUAAGUCACCAAAAUUUGGUAUGAUAAACUUGGUGUUGAAGUAUUUGUAGGUACAUCAUCCUUAUCACAGGAUUGUGAUUCGACGGGAGGAAAUUCUCGCCAUUUAAUCUUCUUCUUAAUGACUUUGACCACAUACGAUGUAGAUAAAUAAAUGAAUGAUUGAGAUUUCACUUUUUCACCAUAAGGGAUUGGUUCUCCUCAUUGUAAAAUAAAGUGGACAAGAAAUCCAACUAUCCACAGCCAGCCGAAGGUUUCAUCCAUAUUUAGAUUUUAAUCUUUGAAGGUUAAUCAUAAACACGAGGUGGAUGAGUAGUUCAAGUGUUCAACUAGUUUGAGCUAAGAGUUAAAAUGAGUUAUAGUUCUCGAGUUUAACCCGGGCAAAAGAGAA